AUGAGCCUACUUUUGAAUAGAACAAUAUAUAAGCCAAAAUCAAAUGUAAUUUGUGUAUCUCCGAUGCCAUGCGAAUUUUAUUAUAAUCAACAUGCAGUUUUUGAGAAAUUUGGUAAACUUCGAUUCGUUGGAAUCGAUAUACGCAAAAGUGAGGAUCAUUCUAUUGUUGGAUUCGUUGAAUUCGAAGAAGAAUAUAAUUCAGUUGCUGAAAAUCUGCUGAGUAAGGGCUAUAUGGAAAUUGAAGACAAGAAAUAUCGCGUAAAAUCGUACAACGAUUACAUACAAGACUCGAAACAAGUUUUUACAACGAUAUUAAAACUUGAUGAUACAGAAGAUGAUCCAUUGUUGCAACCACCAGACCAAGAUUCACCAAAACAUAUUUUGAAUGUGCUAAAUGAUGAUUGUUUAUUUGCAUUCUUUGAACGGUUACAUUUUUCAACAUUGAUUUCUGUGGCGAAAGUUUGCAUUCGUUUCAAUGGCAUAGCAAAAAAAGCAUUUUCAAGCAAAUAUAAAUUUGGAAAGAUAAAUAUUCUGGAUUUGGAAUGGAAUCGUCAGCCAACAUUAUCUCAAGUUAAAAGAUUUCUCAAUGAAUUCGGUUCAUCAAUUACAUCCCUGUCACUCUUGAAAAGAUCGGUAGGCCGAUACACCCGAAGAGGUAUUAAAGACACAGGUAUUCUGUUAGAAAUGAUAAAUAAAUAUUGCAAGAGCCUCAACGAAUUGGAAUUUGAAAGUUUGGAGGUACAUGAACAAACAUUAUAUGAAAUUCGUGGAUUAUUUGAACGAUUAGAAAUACUAAGAGUGCACAAUUUAAAAACUGCAUCCAUUUUUGAUAUUAUUUCCGUUUGUUCUGAACUAAAGAUCUUAGACUUGCAUUUCUUUUCUGACAUAAGAGAUGAUGGAUACUUUGUCUUACCAAAUACGAUACACCCGAAAUUGAUUGAAGUUAACAUGCGAUUUCCAUCGAAAGAUGCACACCUUUAUUCCAAAGCAAUUCAACGAUUUACUGAACUGAACUCCAAAUUGAAAAUAUUGAAACUUUGGCUUGCAUUUAAAUUGGUUAUGACAAAUUUGAGUAAGCUUAAUGAACUAAAUGAAUUCGAAAUAAUUUUAGAGUAUUCAAAUUUUCCGACACUCAUCAUGAAAACAUUGAGUUCGCCGAAUGUUCAAAUCGAGAAUUUGAAACUGUUUAUAGCCAAUUGGCCUUCUGGUUCCUUAGAACAUGAUUUAAUAGAAACGCUUUCAAAAUUUCCUAAUUUAACGGAAAUUCGUAUUCGAUUUGUGCAUUCAUUAAUUAGCGAUGUUUUGAUUCUUCUGUUGAAAAAAUUGCCAAAUAUGAAAACGCUUUCUUUUAAUUUGUAUAGACUUAAAGAUUUUAAUGUUAUCAGCAAAAACGAAUGCUUUAUAAUAAAAUCAAUUUUACAGCAUGCAAAUCAAUUAUCGAAAUUAACAUUUAUGACCGAAAAUGCACAUUUUCCAUUUGAUCGUUAUCCCAUCAGUAACGCUGAAUAUUAUGACAUUUUGAAAUCAGUUGAAAAUCGCCGUAACGGCAUCAAACUGACUAUUGAGUUCUUAUUCUGUGGCGAUUUAGAAACUGAAUAUACAGAUCAAUCGCAAUCAAUUCUUAUUCUUAAUAUGGUACCGCACUUAUUGACCAUUCACCAACGAACCAACUAUAAAAUGUACAAUUAUGCAAUUCAAUAAUGUAUUAGCUUAUUAAUGAAAGCAAUAAAAUGUUUACAUUUCAUUCAAAUUACGUGAGCUUU